GCGAGCCGCAGAGGAACGUGGUGAUGUGGAUGGACCACCGCGCCGCCGAGCAGGCGGCUCGCAUAACCAAGACCCAGCACCGGGUCCUGAGCCGGGUGGGCGGGGUCAUGUCACCGGAGAUGCAGCCCCCUAAGCUCCUCUGGCUCAAAGAGAAUCUGAAGGAAAGGUGUUGGAGCAAAGCUGCUCACUUUUUUGAUCUCCCAGACUUCCUCUCUUGGAAAGCAACGGGCUCCUUAACAAGGUCUCUAUGCACUCUGGUGUGUAAAUGGACAUACUGUCCUCCUGAAGGAUGGGAUCCCAGCUUCUGGACCGCCAUCGGACUGGAGGACCUUCUGGAGAACAACUCUGCCAAGAUAGGGAGUGAGACGUGCGCUCCAGGAAGUCCGCUGGGACGAGGCCUGAGCCCCCAGGCAGCUGCCGACCUGGGUUUGGACCCGGGAACCGCAGUCGGCGCUUCCCUCAUCGACGCCCAUGCUGGAGGUCUAGGUGUGAUCGGAGCCGAUGUGAGAGGUUUUCACCUGCCCUGUGAGGACCGGCCAAUCAGCUCGCGCAUGGCGAUGAUCUGUGGGACGUCGUCUUGUCACAUGGCGAUCAGCGAGCGGCCCCUGUUUGUGCCGGGGGUGUGGGGUCCCUGCCUGUCUGCCAUGGUGCCCGCGUGGCUGAACGAGGGGGGGCAGAGCGCCACGCCACGGGACGGCUGGUCAAUCGACCACGUGGUGAGGGGUCACGCCGCCUACUCUCAGCUCCAGCAGCAGGUGCAGCAGAGAUGCCCCUUCUCUGGCGAGAACAUCUCCAGCUUGAACAACCACCUGAGCUCCAUGCGCCGCCUCCCGCUCCGCCGUCGACCUGCUGGAUCGGCCGUUCACGUCUGGCCAGACUUCCACGGCAACAGGUCGCCGCUGGCCGACCCCACCCUGAAGGGCAUGGUGGUGGGACUGUCUCUGUCUCAGACGCUGGACGACCUGGCCCGGCUCUAUCUGGCCACUGUUCAAGCCCUCGCCGUGACUCGGGACGCUCACAUCCUGGACGCCAUGAGGGAGGCUGGACAUGACCUUCAGGCGCUCUUCCUGUGUGGAGGACUGAGCAAAAACGCUCUGUUUGUGCAGGUUCACGCCAACGCCACAGGGCUGCCCGUGGUGCUGCCGGACCAGAUGGAGGCUGUGCUGGUGGGGGCCGCGGUCCUGGGCGCCUGUGCCUCACAGGACUACGCCAACAUACAGGAGGCAAUGGAGAAAAUGGCUAAAGUGGGAAAAGUAGUUCAGCCCGACCGUGAACUCCAGAGCUUCUAUGAGAAAAAGUACAAGGUGUUCCUGCGACUGUUCUCCCACCAGAGGGAGUACCGGGACCUGAUGGAGCAGAGCUGACAGGGCUGCUGGGAGGAGGCGGAGCUGGAAAUGACUCUUUCUGUAACCUGAUGACAAAUCCAGACACUGGACCACAAAAAAAAAACAAAGAUAUUAACCUUGCUGCUGUCCAUGAUGUGGCGAAUUUUUUAAAAAAAAAAAGGGACUCGAGCCUCUGAGG